AUGCCACCUACAAAAGACGUAGAUGCUGCAUCAGCUCUGGCAGGCGCAACAAAUUCUUCGCGAAGCAAAAAAUGGGCCCCGCCAUCCCCUUUCUACCUGCCUUUGAACGUUGCCCUCUACCUCUGCCUCAUAGCCAACGUACUCGCUGCUUUAUAUGCUCCAAUUCAGGAUUGCGAUGAAGUCUUCAACUUUUGGGAGCCUGCCCACUACCUAGGUCACGGAUAUGGACUCCAGACGUGGGAGUACUCCCCAGUCUACUCGAUUCGCAGCUGGCUCUAUAUUUCUGCCCAUGCAUUCAUCGGGAAAUUAAGCUCAUUUGCUGUCAAAGACAAGGCCUCUGAAUUCUAUGCGAUCCGGAUCUUCCUGGCCAUUGUUAGCUCUGCCUGCCAGACCAGGCUGUACGCCGCCAUCUGCCGCACGCUUAGCCCACGGAUCGGUCUCGUUUUUCUGGCGGUCAUCCUCUUCAGCCCCGGUAUGUUCCACGCGUCCACGGCUUUCCUCCCGUCUAGCUUCACAAUGUACAUGUCUAUGCUCGGGUUGACGGCUUUCUUGGAUUCGAGAGGAAGUCAGAAAACGGCUCAGGGAAUUAUGUGGUUUGGACUCGGCGCAAUCGUCGGUUGGCCAUUUGCUGGAGCUCUCCUUCUUCCACUCUUGUUAAGAGAGGCGGUUCUUGGCUUUUUUAGUGCAAAUCUGCCCAGGCUGUGUCGCGGAAUUUUCGACGGUGCUAUCAGAUGUCUCACGAUCAUGGUUGCCGAGGUCAUGGUAGACCAUGUAUUCCUGCGCAAGCUCGUAGUCGUGCCGUGGAACAUCGUCGCGUACAAUGUUUUCGGAGGAGAAGGUCGAGGGCCCGGCAUCUUCGGAACCGAACCGUGGACGUUCUAUAUUAGGAACCUGCUGCUCAACUUUAAUGUUUGGUUCGUAUUCGCCAUGGCUGCUGCGCCCUUGCUGGUCCUCCAGGUUGUUCUUCCUUCUCAAGCGACCGACAAGCAAACCUUGCUGAGGCGCCUAGCUCUCAUCACUCCCUUCUACAUGUGGUUUGCGAUAUUCACAGCUCAGCCUCACAAGGAAGAGAGGUUUAUGUAUCCGGCUUAUCCGUUCCUUGCCCUAAAUGCAUCCAUCUCGGUGCAUAUGAUUUUGUCGUAUCUUGGCUCUAGUGAUCCCAAAAAGCUCGCCGGACGCUUUGCCCCCAAGAUCAAAUUUGCAGCAGUGAUGUCUGUGUUUUUCCUAGCCAUCAGCGUGGGCUUCCUGCGAACACUGGGCAUGAUUACCGCUUAUAAUGCUCCAUUGAAGGUUUUCGCGCCCCUGGAGCAGCCUGGGGUGGCUCAGACUGGUGAUUCGCUGUGUCUGGGCAAGGAGUGGUACCGGUUCCCUUCUUCCUUCUUCCUCCCACAUGACAUGCAAGCGAGGUUCAUUCGCAGCGAGUUUCGUGGACUGCUCCCAGGCCAGUUCCCAGUUGCCAAGGACUUGGCUUCUCUUUUGCAGGGCACCUCGCAGAUCCCGGGGGGUAUGAAUGAUCGAAACGAGGAAGACCUUGGCAAAUACGUGGACAUUUCGCGAUGCUCCUUCCUGGUUGAUUCCCACUUCCCAAGUAGAGAAGCAACCGAGCUGGAGCCUGACUAUGUUCAUGAUGAAACACAGUGGGAGAAGCUGGCAUGCCACGAUUUCCUCGACGCCUCCCAGACGGGUCUUCUCGGCCGCCUUGUCUGGACUCCAGAUUUGCCUAUAGUGCCGCAAUCGCUGCAACGCCACUGGGGACAGUACUGUCUACUCCGACGGCGCAAUACUGAUGCAAACCCCGGGUAUUGA